CCGGGACCAUUUCAACUUUAGAUACUUCCGCAAUGUGAGCAAAAUAUUAAAGAGGAGUGCUAUUCGUCAUUGUGUUUUUUAAAGCAAUCUGACUAAUACAUUUAUUUGUUUUAUCGAUUUUAAGCGUCGGAAGGAACCUGUCACCUCCCUGUUGCUUUGCUAUAAAGCCGAGCGCGCGAGUCAGUACGGUCACGGAGACGCGCAUCGGAAGCGCGCAGCGAAGAACUGUAUUAUAUGUGGAGGAAACUGUUCACGCACAGCUGACAGAACACCGUACAACAAACUCGAACGUUUAGCUUACGUUUUAUACUUUAAAGUGCUUUGGGAAAAGAAAAGGAAAGUUACCGGGUGCAACAUGAAAUUUCUUUUACCGGCUGUAGUGGUUUUUCUUGUUUUGUGCCAAGUUUUUGGAGAAGAAUUGGGUCCAAAAGAAGACCUUGAUUAUUGGACGGGCAGCAAUCAAAUACAGGAUGAGUGGCUUCAGGCGGAUCCCUUCAGAGAGAUACUAAGACGUAUGACUAGGAAACCCCGACCUCACCAGUUCAUUGGUCUGAUGGGGAAACGGUCCUCUGCAAAUGCACAGAUUACACGAAAAAGGCAUAAAAUCAAUUCUUUUGUGGGGCUGAUGGGUAAAAGAAGCCAAGAGGAGCCAGAAUCGUACGAAUGGGGAACAGUACAGAUCUACGACAAAAGGCGUUAACAGAUAAAACAUCGUCACAUCCGCUUCCUGAAGGAUCAUUUCAUUCUGUGAUAUCCAUUGAGUUUUAUUUUUUAUUCAGGUCGGAAAUAAAAAUGAUUUCACAUUGUGGUAAUAUGGCCAGCUCACACCUGUUGCAGUUCAUUUAACUUAGGUCAUUUAGAAAGGAUCAGACGUUUUAAUACGGUCCAGCUGUGAUCAAACGUGUUUCUGUCACAACAUCUCUCCCGGUGUUGUGGAGCAUUAAAGCAAAGAGGUGUCCUUUCUAAGGUACUCAGACUGAGAUUUGUGCUGGCAGUGUCAAUACAUAGUGCCUCAUAGUGUUUUCACCAUGACUGAUGAUGUUGUAUAAAGUAGCGCCAGUCCGGGUGUGAUGACAUCCUCACGGCCUGCGCAUGUCCUGUCACUGCUACGAGCAAAGGUUUUGCUAUCUUGAUAUCUGUGUGAUUGUAGCUUGAUAUUAAAAAUAUUUUCUUUA